AUGGCGGUCGCAGAAGAUAAGCCGGCGGCCAAAUCCAGCCACGUCUCUGACCCAGCCCUCGUCGCCUUCCUGCCGUCCCACUUCGACCCCGCUGAAUAUCUGAAUGCCACGCUGCCUGCGCUCUCGCUGGGUGGGCGGCCGGCCAGAGGCACCUCGGUCUCACUAGCGGACCUCUCGUCGCAGACGCAGGACCUGCUUUCACAGCUCAAUGCGCAGACCACGCGACUCUCCGCCGUCCUCACCCAGCUGACCGACGACAUUCUGCGCAGCGGAGGGCGACUGGCCUACGAGGUCGAGGUGCUGCGCGGCGAGACCACCGGGCUCACCGACGUGCUGAAAGAUGGACUGAAAGACGACAUGGCCAAGUUCCUGCCCGGCGGGCUGUCCACGGACGCAACCAAAGACGGAACAGCGUCCAGCAAGAGUCCGUCCGAGACCCAGCACAGCCAUGGCGCUGCAGCUACAGAGGCAAUGCAAGACGCCGCACAGCCCCUGCCCUCAUCAGCCACUGCUGCUGCCGCCGCCGCCGCCGCCGCCGCCGCCGCCACCGCCGACACCACACCAGACUACAUCAUCUCCCUCCGCACCCUCACGACCGUCCGCACGCGCCUCGAGACGGUGAUCAAAGUCUUUGGCGAAGCCAUGCACUGGACCAUCCCCCCCUCGGACAUCUCCCUCGGCUCCUCUCUGAUCAGCGUCUCCGCCCCCGAGCCUGGCAGCGACAACGCCUCGCUCGAGCAGCGCGGCAAAGACUUCGCCGCUGCUCUGCGCUCUGAAAUCGCCGACCUGAUCACGGGGGAUCCAGAGCAGGGGCCCGCCAAGGCCGAGGCUAGGAUCCAGGCGCUCAGGGACCUGGCGCUGGUGUGGAAGGGCACAGCCGAGGAGAAGGCGAGGGGCAAGUUCGUAGAGGGCUUAGCCAAGGUGGCCGAAGAGAAGCAGAGAGAGGCCCAGAAAGAGAGGGAGAAGACUCGAGCGAAGCCGCAGCGCAGCGGCAGCGUAAAGGAGAAGCAGGCACCGGCCAAAGAGCAGGGACGAGGUGGGUUCCUGGAGAAUCUCGGUAGGAUACGAGGGUUCGUUGAAUAG